ACGUCGAAAACUUUUAUGACAACAUCGCGGGAAAGCCAUUCAGCGGAUCUCACGCCGACAUGCUCCAACUCACCUAACAUGGACGAAUUUCCAUGGGAACAGGUGAAAACAGGAGACCUGGAGAGCCUGAGUGUCGUUCUCUUUUCGAGUUCGACUUCUCGCAGAGUUCGUGCUCUCCAGGAACUCCGCGAUAAAGCUGGGGUUGAACUACCGCAAAACGCUCAUCAAGAUCUUAUUGAUAUUCUCUUCAAAACUAUUCCUCGCUAUGUCGAUCGGCCUUCCCGUGAAGCCGCUCAACAAUGCCUUCGCUCUCUCCUCAAGGCACCAGCCCCGACCGACGAUCUGAAAUACAUCAUUCAGAAGCUACAGGCGGAGACAUCUCGGUCUGGAUUUGCACCAACAUCUGCUUUCGUCCUGCUGGAAUGGUGCUCCGUUUUACUACAGGAUCUAAAGGAUGAUUCCAACACGCCAUUGUCAACUGUGCUGGACCUAAUCGUUGUGGAUGCGAAGGCAUUGGAUAUCUGCCUGGAUUCUUUUCCCAAGCCAGGAGUGAAGAUCUCCGCACUGAGGGUUACCAGACGUGCCCUGCGCGCAGCAUUUUCAUCGAAAACUUGGGGAGAUGAUGCUGUUCGCCAAUCUGUGGAUCGAUUGACCAGCGGCUCGACUUCCGGGCAGAGGAACGCACCGUUCCUCGGUGUGAUCUCCGGUGUUUGUGCACGUCUCCCAGCAAAAAAGCCUAUCUUGGAGGAGCAAAAGAAAUCCAUCAUUGCGUUCUACGUAAAGGAAUUGAUCGGUUCGAAAGCAGCGGUGCCAGCUCAUAUUGCAAAUGGCCUAUUUGACUUCUUCUACUCUUUUGUUUCCCAUGAGGAUCUGGUCUCUGAGCUCUUGCCACCCCUUGAAAAGGCCAUACUAAGAUCACCGGAGGUUGUUCUUGGUGGAUUGUUGCCAGCCCUUUCCUCUUCGUUGCCCGAGGAAAUGGAUCUUUCAGAAGUUCUGUGUUCUCGUCUCACGAAACAUCUCCUUUCAAGCAUGAAGUCAAGCAAUGCGGCUAUUAGACAGGGUGCUAUCCAGUCUUUCGAGUCACUUCUUUCCAGAUCCAAGGCCGAGAGCUGGCUCCUGAAAAUCACAAAUGAGAUUCUCGGCCCUCUGAAGACCCAGAAGAUCACCAACCCUGAGCAACGUGCUAUCUUUGCCCAAACACUCUCUGCGAUCUUGCCUUCUGCCGAUCUUUCGAAAGAAAUCGUUCAGGGCCUGAUCCCUGUUUUCUCGCGCGAAUCUAAUGAAGUUGCCCUAGAACAGGAGAUCAAAGCGUUCUGCAAACACCUUUCAUGCCUUGUUCAAUCUACCGUCAAGGUUAGCGAUGAUGUUGUCAACACUAUCGUCAAAGGGUCCUCCGAUAAAAGAGUUCCUUUCCGGAAGCUUUGGCAGCUCAGUGUUGGCGAGGUGCUUUGGAAUGCUGACUUCAAGGGUCAGCUAAGUCCUGAGGUAGAACCAUUUGUCACCAAGUUUAUGAAUAAGAUGAAGGACAUGUUUGACGAAGUUUCAUCCAAUCCUUUGCCAUCGGCACAAGGCGGUUCUCUAUCAACGGCUUACAUCUUUCUGGCAUUGUCUGAACGCCUGAAUUUGGACAAGACUGCCUGGGAGAACACAGUAGCUCAGUCAAUGAUGCUUCACCCUAAGCCAUCAUUUCUUGUUAACCCAAGAGCUUACUCAAAAUUAGCUUCUCAGGCGGAAGUGCAAUGGGCCGUCAGGGCGCUUGCCGCAGUUACAUCGGGAUCUAAUUUUGAGACUGUGGAAGAUGCAGCAAAGGUUGCUUGGGCUCAGGCUUUCAUAUACGCAAUUACUGCCCCCGGACUUCAGACAAGUUUCCGGGAAGAAUCAGCCAAAACUCUGUCUGAGGUGUAUCUUAAAAAACCAGGGACCAUGAGUCGCAUUUUCGUCGACGCCUUGUGGGCUUGGAUCCUGGCUUUCAGAACUGCAGAAAAGGAGUCCGCUCCUGUUUCUGCGGGCCCAGCAAGCGAAAAACUGCUUCACCUAGUCACAAGAGCGAUUUGCCCCCUGGAAUCAGUUUCGAAGAUGUCUGGCAAUACUACUUCUGAUCUGAAGAAUGAGCUUCUCGGUCUUCUUGUUCUCUGCCGACCAGAGUUGAUUCCCAAUGUUUCAUGGAUUGGUCUGUGUUUGAGAACAGGCACUGACCCAGGCAACCUUGUUCGUGAACUUCCCGGUGAAUGUAUGAAACAAUUGACCCGGGUACAAGAGGACUCCGUUCAAUCCAAGGUCCCCGCAGUCAACAACGCUGUGUGGAGUGCGGCGGCAGACCUGGCGUUCGUAGCACCCGACGUUAUGGUUCCUGAACUUGUCAAGCAGAUUCAAGAUGACAUGAAUGCCACAAGGUUGUCUAAAUUUACGCCAACCGAUGUUGCUAUCUCCCGCACUCCUGAAGGGACCAUGUUCGUCGAUGUUCUUAGCACUAAGUCCAAGCAACCAGUAUUUGAUAAGAAUACUAAAGACUAUGAUACUUUGAAGUGGGAGGAAGAGUUGCGAGCACAACUUGCCGAGAAGAAUGGUCAGAAACCAAAGAAACUCACUGGCGAAGAACAGGCAAAGGUCAAGACUCAACUCGCCAAGGAGUCCACUAUUCGCGCAGAAGUCUUGCAGGAGGUGAAAAGAAUCGAAAGGGGCGCCGGAAUCAUUCAAGGCCUUGCAACUGGCCCUGCUACCGAGGCAGAUGGCUGGAUUAACCCGGCAAUUACCUCUUUACUAUCCUUGGCGCAAGUAGGUGCUGGGUUGUUUGUUGGCGAUAUUAUCUCAAAAGCGUAUGUUGUUUGCGCUGAAAAGCUGUCAUCACGCCUGGGACCGCUUCGACCCUUUGUCGGAGUUGCAACGCUGCGGGCAAUUGGCAGAACCAAUCUACCUGCUGAAAUGGAAGCAGAGCCUCUGGGAGAGCUCGUGACAAGAAUCCUCUACCGCCUGCGUUUCGCAUCCGAGCAGCGCCCUCUUGAUGUUCCAUCAUUGGCCUAUGUUCUUCCCUUGCUCUUUUCAAUUCUUGACCGUAAUGGAAUAGAAGAAAAUAAGGCUGAAGGAGAGGGAGAGCAAGUUUUGCUCGCUCUUGAAGUCCUAUCUUUCCACUCGGGUUCAUUUUCCGAUUCACGUCUUCCUCGUAUUGAGGUUUUGGGCCAGAUCAUUUCGUCGAUGCAGAAAUACUCUCAGCACUAUAAGCUCAUCAAAGAUAUUCUGAACGAUUUCUGCAGAUGCAUCUCGCCAAACAUCAAAAAAGAGGAGCUGGAUAUGCUUUUGGAGGGAGCCAUCGUUUCUGAUGUUUCCGUUAGAACUUCAGUGUUGCAGGUUAUUUCGGCUGAAAUUGAUCUGACAGACCUCGAUUUCUCCGAGCACAUCUGGCUAGGUUACCACGAUCACGUGGAGGAAAACGCUGAGAUUGCCGAAGCGAUUUGGGAAGAAAAUGCAUUGGAGGUUGACGACACAUGCUACGAAAAGAUUAUCAAAUACCUCUCUUCCAAGGACUCACAGCUUCGUGGUGCAGCUGCUCGCGCGUUGGCGCAUGCGAUUGAGUUGAAUCCCUCAGUAUUUGGAGACAUCCUGUCGGAGCUGCAAUCGAAGUAUCAAAUUGAAGUCCAACCCAAGGAGCCCGAAAAGGACAAAUACGGAAUGCCUAAGAAGAUGGACACAACAGAUAACUGGGAUGGUCGAAGUGGCAUCGCCUUGGCUUUCAACGCCAUGACAAAUAUCUUCGAGGGCGAACAGAUCGUUUCUUUUCUCCGGUUUUUGAUUGAAAGAGGACCUCUUGUCGAUAGGAGUGGUACAGUCAGGGCUCAAAUGGCCGACAGUGGCAGAUCUGUUAUUGCUGCGCGCGGUCAACAAAAGGUUGAGGAGUUAAUGAAGCUCUUGGAAACCACGCUGGAGACAUCUGACAAGGCAACUGAAACAUCUGACCUGCUUAACGAAGCAGUGGUUGUUCUUUACGGAUCUCUAGCCCGUCACCUCAAGGCGGACGAUCCCCGUUUGCAGACCGUUAUCAAGAAGCUUCUCGCCACCCUUCCAACCCCCUCAGAGAGUGUUCAGUCUGCAGUUUCCGGCUGCCUUCCCCCUCUCAUCAGACUUUCUGCUUCCCAAAGCUCGGGCUACGUCCAAGAAAUGCUGGACCAGCUUUUACAAUCAAAGAAAUACGCUAUCCAGCGUGGCGCUGCUUACGGACUUGGUGGUAUCGUCAGCGGAAAGGGUAUCUCGACGUUGCGAGAAUUCCGAAUCAUGACACAUCUCAAAGCAGCCACAGAAAACAAGAGAGAGGCACACCAGAGGCAGGGAGCAUUGUUAGCGUACGAGCUUUUUGCAAUGAUCCUUGGGCGUACUUUCGAGCCAUACGUUAUCCAGAUAGUUCCACAGCUGCUCUCCGGUUUCGGAGACCCGAGUAUCGAUGUACGCGAUGCCUGUCUUGAUGCCGCGAAGGCUUGUUUCUCGAACCUUAGCUCUUAUGGAGUCAAGCAAAUUCUACCCACACUCCUUGAAGGUCUUGAUGACACACAAUGGCGCAGUCAGAAGGGAGCUUGCGAUCUCCUCGGUGCCAUGGCUUACCUCGACCCACAGCAGCUUGCGGCAAGUUUGCCUGCUAUCAUUCCGCCUCUUACAGUGGUUCUUAAUGAUACACAUAAGGAAGUGCGGAAUGCCGCAAAUCGCAGUCUUCAGCGAUUCGGUGAGGUCAUCAGCAACCCAGAAGUGAAGUCCUUGGUCGGCGUACUUCUGAAGGCUCUCAGCGAUCCGACGAAGCAUACAGACGAAGCUUUGGAUUCACUUAUCAAGGUCUCCUUCGUUCACUACUUGGAUGCUCCCUCUUUAGCGCUUGUUGUUCGUAUCCUCGAGCGUGGUCUUGUUGAUAGAUCGGCAACCAAACGAAAGUCUUCCCAGAUCAUUGGCAGCUUGGCUCAUCUUACCGAGCGCAAAGAUCUCAUUUCUCACUUGCCCAUCAUCGUUUCUGGUUUGCAACUAGCCAUUGUCGACCCCGUGCCCACGACUCGUGCUACCGCGUCCAAGGCUCUCGGUUCGCUUGUUGAGAAGCUUGGAGAAGAUGCCCUUCCCGACCUUAUUCCCAACCUUAUGUCUACACUCAAGUCUGACACUGGGGCUGGUGACAGAUUUGGGUCUGCCCAGGCUCUUUCGGAAGUCCUUGCAGGCUUGGGUACGACCAGGCUCGAGGAAACUCUGCCAACUAUUUUGCAGAAUGUGUCCAGCUCGAAACCUGCUGUUCGUGAAGGCUUCAUGACUCUCUUCAUCUUCCUUCCCGCGUGCUUCGGUAACAGCUUCGCAACAUACCUUAACAAGAUCAUUCCGCCAAUUCUUGCUGGAUUGGCAGAUGACAUUGAAUCGAUCCGCGAAACCUCUCUCCGUGCUGGUCGUCUGCUGGUCAAGAACUUCUCUUCGAAGGCUAUCGAUCUCCUUCUGCCAGAACUUGAGCGUGGUCUUGCGGAUGACAGUUACCGUAUCCGACUCAGCUCCGUUGAGCUGGUUGGUGAUCUUCUCUUCAGCAUCACAGGCAUCACAGCCAAGGCUGAUGGUGAAGAGGAAGAGGAGGAAGCGGCACAGGCCGGUCAAUCCUUGCUCGAAGUCCUUGGAGAAGAGAGAAGAGACAAGGUCUUAUCUGCUUUGUUCAUCUGUCGCUGCGAUACUUCGGGUCUUGUCAAGAGCGCAGCUAUGGCUGUGUGGAAAUCGCUUGUGGCCUCUCCUAAGACCCUCAAGGAUAUGGUGCCUAUUCUAUCCCAGCUCAUCAUCCGACGUCUUGGGUCUUCCAAUAUGGAGCACAAGGUCAUUGCUAGUAACGCGCUUGGUGACCUUAUCAAGAAGGCCGGUGAAUCGGUUCUCUCGACUCUGCUGCCUUCUCUCGAAGACGGUCUCCGAACCUCUCCGGAUGUGGAUGUCAAGCAAGGUAUUUGCAUUGCUCUACGAGAGCUCAUUACCUCUGCGUCCACGGAUGCCCUUGAGGAUUACGAGAAGGUUCUCAUCUCCACUGUCCGGGUUGCCUUGGUUGACAACGAUGAGGAUGUGCGUGAGGCUGCCGCAGAGGCAUUUGACGCACUGCAACAAAUCCUAGGCAAGAGGGCUGUCGACCAGGUUCUGCCCUACCUCCUACACCUUCUUAGGAAUGAUGAGGAUGCCGAGCAAGCCUUGUCAGCACUGUUGACACUCCUGACCGAACAAACUCGUGCCAAUAUCAUUCUUCCUAACCUUAUCCCAACGCUACUUACAUCUCCUAUUUCUGCAUUCAACGCCAGGGCACUUGCCUCUCUGGCGGAAGUGGCAGGAUCAGCCAUGUCACGCAAGCUACCACAAAUCCUGAACACUCUGAUGGACAACAUUAUCUCGACGACAGACGACGAACACCGUCUCGAAUUGAGCAAUGCCUUUGACACUGUCUUGGUAUCUGUUGAUGAAUUCGACGGUCUCAAUGUCGUGAUGAAUGUGAUGUUGACUCUCAUGAAGCAUGAUGACCAUAGACGCCGUGCCAACACGGCCAUGCAUUUGUCCAAAUUCUUUACUGACGCUGAAAUCGACUUCUCUCGUUACCAUCAAGAUCUGAUUCGUGUGCUGCUUAUCUCGUUCGAUGAUAGUGACAAGGAUGUCGUCAAGUCUGCUUGGACUGCAUUGAGCAAGCUCAUGUCUUCCAUGCGUAAGGAGGAGAUGGAAGUGUUGGUUAUUCCCUCUCGUCAAGCGUUGCGGCAAGUCGGAGUGCCUGGAGCGAACCUUCCAGGUUUCAGCUUGCCAAAGGGUAUCACUGCUAUCUUGCCGAUCUUUUUGCAAGGUCUUCUCAACGGCACUGUGGAUCAGCGUACACAAGCUGCUCUUGCAAUUGGUGACAUCAUUGACCGUACUGGCGCCGAUUCUUUGAAGCUGUUCGUCACUCAGAUUACUGGUCCAUUGAUCAGAGUUGUUUCGGAGCGGUCUGUGGAUAUCAAAUGUGCCAUCUUCCUCACGCUCAAUAAACUUCUGGAGAAGAUUCCGCUCGCUGUCAAGCCUUUCCUGCCUCAGCUUCAGCGCACAUUUGCGCGAGGCUUGGCAGAUACAUCCAGUGAGACUCUUCGUAACAGAGCUGCUAAGGGUCUUGGAAUCUUGAUCACCUUGACUCCAAGGGUUGAUCCCCUCAUUGCAGAGCUUAUUGCUGGAUCGAAGACAGCCGAUAUCGGCGUGAAGAAUGCUAUGAUGAAGGCCCUUCAAGAAGUGGUUGGUAAGGCCGGUGGUAACAUGAGCGAGGCCUCAAAGAACGCCAUCCUCGGUCUCAUCGACGACGAUGCUAGUGACCAGACCGAUACUGUGGCUAUUACCAAUGCCAAAUUGCUCGGUGCGCUUGUGAAGGUUCUUCCUGCAGCGACUGCAGGCCCGCUUAUCAAAAACCGCGCUCUCACAACGCAUUUCACGCACGCAUCAAUCCUUGGGCUCAACUCCUUGCUUGUCGAGUCACCAUCUUCUUUGACUGAACAUUUCGAGGCUGAAACGCACUCCAUCAUAUGCCAGGGUAUUUCUAACAAGGAUCCCUUUAUUGCCGACAACAGCGUCCUCGCGGCAGGAAAGUAUCUUCUGACGGAAAAUGAAGGCCGUGGCUUUGAGGCCAGCAAGGCUAUAUUUGAGGCCUUAUCGGCUUGUAUUUCACCAGGCACGCCAUCUGACACCCGUCGCUUGGCUUUGGUGGUCGUGCGAACUGUCAGCCGCCUUCAUCCCGAAAUGACUCGUCCCCAUCUUGCUUUGCUUGCACCACCAAUCUUCGCCAGCGUUCGUGACAUGGUGAUCCCUGUUAAGUUGGCAGCAGAAGCAGCUUUCUUGGGAAUAUUCUCCGUAGUUGAGUCUGAGGGUGCCGUUUUCGAGAAGUAUAUGGCUGGACCUGGUGCGGAGCUUCCACCUGGACCGAAGCGGAGCAUGUCCGAUUACUUCAAGCGUGUUGCGAUCCGUCUUGCCAACCAGGCCAGAGAACGAAGGGAAGCCGAAGGUGGACAAGGAGGAUUGGGUCUAUCCAAUGACGAGGUUGAUGAUGAGAAGGAAUUGUGGAGUAUUGGAAAGGUCGAUCUUGGAGAAGGUUCAUUCGAGGAGUGAUUAUUGUUCUGCAUGAGCUAGAUCUAUACUACCUCUUUUCCACUUGUGUAUAUCUUUUCUAUACAAAAAGUCCGUUUUCAUGAUAUGUUGAAUUAAUUUCACGUUCCUUUUGUUUACAUCACCAAUGAACAUAUGACAUUCUUAGAUGUUUCUAUGUCAUUAUCCCCAGGCGAUCAUGACGAUGACGCGAUGCCCUAGACCUAUGGAGAUCAUGUGACAUUGGAAGUAAGCGAAAGCAUCAAACAGCUA